AUGGAUCGGCCAUGCGCUUCCUGCGACCGCAAUCUGCCUCAGUCGUCCUACACCGCCAACCAGUAUUCCAAGGGCCCGGGUGUAUCGCGAUGUGCCAGCUGUGUCCACGGCCACCCACGCGACAACUCAUCCGCAAAGCAGUCUGACAGUGGUAGAUACAACAUCUCUAGCCGUGCUACUUUCCCAAUUGAUGCACUUGACAAUCCCUUUGCUCAAGGUGCUUUUCGCUGGGUUGCUAAGGGGAAAUACACUUCAGGCCCGCGCAGUGGCCAAGCGUGUGUCAUUAAAUGGUUUAAGACAGGCGCAGUCUUCUCGGACGAUUAUUUCACCCUCGACAUCAAGGCGAUUGAUAAGGCGUUGGAAAUUGUUAACAGGUUCAAUCAGCUUGACAUUAUUACUAAAGUUGUUAAAAUCAACAUCGCCGCUGUCUGGGUCUUUGACGACGACGCCUCUGAUGAGUGGGCUGGCCAGAACCAUCUGUGCGAGCCUUUUAUCCAGAAUUACCAAAAGUUCAACAGCAACAGUGGGUGGAAUGAUGGCUCACAAGGAUGGGGGGAAGUAAUGCAAGCCCUGAGCCACUUUAGCUACCAUCUUUCUGGUGGGAACUAUGUUCUCUGCGACCUCCAAGGCGGCGUCUACCAGCAUGAGGUUGUCCUCUCUGACCCUGUCAUUUUAUCGCGGAAUCGGGAGUACGGUGUCACUGAUCUAGGCUCCGAUGGGAUCAGUUCCUUCUUCAGCCAGCACAAAUGCAACAACUACUGUCAUCCCACUUGGACACAGCCCGCUCGCCCAGUUCAGCAUUUCCGCCCAGUCCCAGGUACAACCAUGAUUCGACGGUCGGUUCCUACCCACCAUUCCCGCCCGGCUAGAACGAGAUAUUUCGGUUGA